AGACAGAUUUCUUCUUUCACGGCGCUGGCAUAACAUUCCCGCCCUAUUUAAUGGGGGAGGUGUAUGGGGAUUAGCUUCUUCCCUUCCUACUUACAAGGUCAGAGACAUAGAAGUGGAUUUCAGCAAUUGAAAGAGGCUCUGUCGCUGGUUGCAAUGAUAUCCUUGGUUCUUACAUUCUGUGCGGUGCUGGGGUCUUUGCUGUUCCUGGUUAUCAGGCGUAUACGCACGGAGGGUGCUUGGGCUCUUUGGUGGCACGACAACUACCUUGAGCGGCUGCGAGACUUCUUGAGUGGCACAAGCCGUCCCAGGAGGAUCCUGCAGUAUGUACAGAAAGUAGCCAAGAGGGGGGAUGCCGACAGUGUGCUGUGUGCGGUGGAUACUUACUGCUCUCAGGUGGAGUGGGCCAUGAACGUAGGGGACAAGAAAGGUCAGAUCUUGGAUGCUACAGUGUUAGAAACUCGUCCUCACUGGGUCCUGGAACUGGGCACAUACUGUGGUUAUUCAGCUAUGAGAAUUGCUCGAUUGUUACCCCCUGGAGCACGACUCGUUACCAUAGAGAUGAAUCCAGACUAUGCCACUGUUGCCAAAGAAAUCAUUCAGCAUGCAGGGUUGGAUGUAAAGCUAAUUCCUUUCUCCAGUGACUACCCCAUUCCCACCUCCCCCACUCAUUCUAGCACUCAAAGGGAUCAGUCCUCAGGGGAGGGAACCAUUCAGCGGAAAUGGCGCCUGCAGGAAGCUCUUAUCUACACCACUUUGCACUGCCUUCAGCUGCCUCUGCAACUCUUCUCUCGCACAUCUCAAACCCCCCUUUCUCCUUUAACUCAAGCUCAGGAGACAACAGCACAAGGGCAAAAGACAAAUGGGGACCAGACCUGUAAGGUAGAGCUAUUAGUUGGAUCCACUUCUGAGCUUAUUCCUCAGCUGAAGACAAUGUUAGAUGUUACAUCAUUUGACCUGGUUUUCAUUGACCACUGGAAAGCUAGUUAUCUCCCUGAUACCAAACUACUAGAGGAGUGUGGUUUACUACGAACUGGUUCAGUUCUUCUGGCUGAUAACGUGACCUGCCCAGGAGCCCCCGAGUUCCUGCAUUAUGUACGGAACAGCACCCAAUAUCAGAGCCAAUAUUUCCCAUCCCAACUGGAAUACCUGCAAGUGGAGGAUGGAAUGGAAAAGUCUGUUUUCUUGGGAUAACACAGAGGUCCUGAGAUAUCACUUUAAGGGGUCUGGUCACUGCUGCAUCCCCUCAUAUUGUCCUACAGACUGAAAACUAGCUUAGUAUGUUUGGUCCAGACAGGUACCAUACCAGAGGACACAGUGUCCCUUCAACUGCAGAUGACAUCUGCAUGUGCUCUUGUAAGCACACGUAAUAAGAUAUAGCUUCUCCAGCUUCCAAACACCAGACUCCUCAUGUUUUUAUUGUAUGACUGUAUAGCAAGUAAAGUAUAAGAUUGUUUGUAAUACAUGAUGUGGUUUGAUUUGUCAA